AUGAGCAGGCGCGCCGUGAGGGCUCAGGGGGGCGACGACGCGAGAUAAGGCCUGGGGUGGCGGUGGCCGCAGCUCGGCGCCUGGGGGCCCGGCACCCGAUCGCGCCACCGCGGGAGGAACCCGGGUUCCGGGCGAGGCUGCCCCGGGAAUGCUUUCAGGAGGCACAAACAUGGCUGCGGCCGUGCGAGCUGCGGGCGCCCUGCUCCGCGACCGGCUGGUGCAUGGCGGCUCGAGGACCUGCCAGCCAUGGAGGUGCCAGUCCAUGGGAGCCACGGCAACAGCUACCGCAGAAACAGCCCAACGUGCCAGAAGCCCAAAACCACAGGUGCAACCGGGGAAGAGGAAGCCGAAAACUGGAAUAUUGAUGCUAAACAUGGGAGGCCCUGAAACGCUGGGGGAUGUUCACGACUUCCUUCUGAGGCUCUUCUUGGACCGAGACCUCAUGACGCUUCCUAUUCAAAACAAGUUGGCGCCAAUCAUCGCCAAACGCCGAACCCCCAAAAUUCAGGAGCAGUAUCGCAGGAUUGGAGGCGGGUCUCCCAUCAAGAUGUGGACCUCCACGCAGGGAGAAGGCAUGGUGAAGCUGCUGGAUGAGUUGUCCCCACACACAGCCCCUCACAAAUACUAUAUUGGAUUCCGGUAUGUCCAUCCUCUAACAGAAGAAGCAAUUGAGGAGAUGGAGAGAGACGGGAUCGAAAGGGCUAUCGCCUUCACACAGUAUCCACAGUACAGUUGCUCCACAACAGGCAGCAGCUUAAAUGCCAUUUGUAGAUACUAUAACCAGGUGGGCAAGAAGCCUGGGAUGAAGUGGAGCACCAUUGACAGGUGGCCCACGCACCCGCUCCUCAUUCAGUGCUUUGCAGACCAUAUAGUGAAAGAACUGGACCAUUUUCCACUUGAGAAGAGAAGUGAGGUGGUCAUUCUGUUUUCAGCUCACUCCCUGCCGAUGUCUGUGGUCAACAGAGGGGACCCCUAUCCUCAGGAGGUGGGAGCCACUGUGCAGAGAGUCAUGGAUAAGCUGGAUUACUCCAACCCCUACCGACUGGUGUGGCAGUCUAAGGUUGGUCCGAUGCCCUGGCUGGGCCCUCAAACAGAUGAGACUAUCAGAGGGCUUUGUGAGAGGGGAAGGAAGAACAUUCUUUUGGUUCCAAUAGCAUUUACCAGCGAUCACAUUGAAACGCUCUAUGAACUGGACAUCGAGUACUCUCAAAUUCUAGCUAAACAGUGUGGAGUUGAAAACAUCAGAAGAGCAGAGUCUCUUAAUGGAAAUCCAUUGUUCUCCAAGGCCUUGGCCGAUCUGGUGCUCUCACACAUCCAGUCAAAUGAGCUGUGCUCCAAGCAGUUGACUCUGAGUUGUCCGCUCUGUGUAAAUCCUGUCUGCAGGGAGACUAAAUCCUUCUUCACCAGCCAGCAGCUGUGACCCCCCGCCAGAGGACCCCGUGGGAUUAGGCAAAUGCCCAACCCCCAGAUGCCCCUGUUGCGGAGGAGAUGUAUUUAGAGGUCAAGAAAGAAAGUUACACUGGUAUCUGUACAGCCCUCGGGCACAAAUUGUGUGAUUUCUUGAAGAACAGACUCUGAAAUCCUUAUUGGGGUUUUCUAUUUUUGAAUGCCAGUACAGUAAGCAUUUAUAGUCCCCCUCUGUGGGUAGAGUUACCAGUUUGGAAUGUCCACUAGGCUAUUUAAAAAAUGAGUUUUAAAAAUUUAUCUGAAUAGAUGCACACAUAUUUUAAAUAAAGAUUUUGGUUUUAUUGCCCCAAACCCCUGCAAGGAUAGCUGUGGGCUGUCAGCGUGCAUGAGCUCUGUUUCCAGGCUCGUGCAAAUAGUUGGUGGUCCUUGUUUUUGAAGGGAACGUAGUUGAGCAAAGGAAAUAUAAUUUGAAAAGGAACUGUUUCCUGGCCUUUCCCUAAGCCUGUGGGGCCCAGAGUGCCUCUGAGGUGGCGUGGUUGCCUAUAAUGGCUGUUCCUGCCAGUGAUGUCUCAAUUCGUUUGUCAUUUGGGGACUUAACGUGUGAACCUCACUUUCUUCACCCUAAAACCAAAUCAAGUACAGAUUCUGGAAGCGCUUUAAGAUUCCCCAGGUACACAAGGCUGAUAGACAUAUAGAAAUCCAGCGUUUGUCAUCUGUGCUCUGUGGUGCCACCAACAGGAAAGGGGGGCUCCCCCUGCUUCUUGUCCCCAGGGCUGGUGAGGCCGGGAAAUGCUCACGACGGGCUUCAGCUGUAAAGCUUGUCCCAGGACCGAGUGAAGCUUUCUGUGGGACAUCUUCAUUUUGGUUGAAUGUCUUCUUUCUGCCUACUUGUUUGAAGCAUUAUUUUACAAAGUUAGCUAUGUUUUGUAAUCUUGAAUUCUUUCUUAACUUACAAUUUUUAUUAUAAAAUUAUAUAACCCUCCCACUAGAACUUUGAAAAGUAGAGAAAAGAGAAAUAACCACUCUAAUGCAACAGCCAUUAAUCAUGUUGUUAUAUCUCAUGCCAUUCCUUUCCUGUGGAUAUUUUUAAUGCUACUGUAACCUUGAAUUUAUGAGUGAAAAGUUGUUCUAAAAAUGUGGAAAUAAUGUAAGAUCAAAAUCUGAUCUCCUAUACCUGGAUUUAAAUGGAUUAAAAAAAUCUCUGAUGGAUCCGUAAUGAAUUUGUAAUGAUUACCUUCUCUUUCCUCCAAGCUGUAAAACUUUGUUCUUCAAAAGAGCAUGUCUUUGAUGUUUUUAAAGCCAGUUCUUAAACUGAAGUGUUAGAGGAGUGAUAGAUCUUCUAUAUUCGGGAUUUACUAUAUUAAUAAAUAUUAUCACAUCAUUAGGGUUUUAACAA